AUGAUCGCCAAGCUUGGAGAGGUCAAAAAUGCAGAAGUUCUUCUAGACCGGAAGGGAACAUCAAGCGAUAUGGAAUUGCCUGAGACUUUGCAAGAAGCUCCACCAUCAUAUGAGGAGUCGGAGAGUGCUGGCUCUGAAAGUGUACAAGACUCUCCAGAGUCGCGUGACGCAAAUCCACCAACAAGGGCAUCGCCCGUUGUGUACCCCCUGCUGUCCUACGGCGAUCACGUCCAAGCCUCUGUUCCCAGAGCAGAUACCGGCCCUUCGAGCCGCUCGUCAUCCGGCUCCGACACUGCGAGCACACUUUCCGAACCCUCACUCAAAGCUCCCUCCGACCGUCUCAAGACCUCUAUCGAUAAUACAACUGCUAUAUCCAAUGCCAUCAACAACCUUCCCAGACUGUACGGAGAUAUCGACGUGAGAGAGCUAUCACACAUCCCUGGGGUUGCUUCCGGACUCAAAGAAGGAACCAAGGCCCUUGCGUAUGGCUUUGGCAGUGGCUUUACAGGCAUUAUCACUCAGCCAAUCCGUGAUGGAAGAAAAGAAGGGCCCGUUGGAUUUGCAAAGGGACUGAUACGUGGUUCGCUGGGAGUGGUUAUCAAGCCGACUACAGCAGCUAUCACAUUUGCAAGCUGCUCUGCCAGAGGUCUUUACCAUGAGUUGGAGAGGAAGAAUGGAAAGACGAGAGAAGAUUCUCACGACACUGGAUUUGUCGUAUCUUCUGGAAGCUUGGGAGCAUGGCAUGACGAGAAUGGCUCUUUCUUGACAUCAAAAGAAGACAUAUCAGGCACGCACCAGUCGAGAACGGGCAUCAAGCACCCUCAGAUUCUUGAAAACCGCUCAAGUUGUGUUACCGGCAAGCCUGAAUAUCGAGAUCAACAAUUGCGACGCGUCUCGACUGUGUCCAGUCUCCCGGACAGAUUCAUUCGAGAGAGUGUGGCUCAGAUGACGGACCAAAGAUACUCGGCGGUGGUUGAGCAAGGAUCAAUGGCAGUGGGCAUGACAGCGUCCCAACAGAUAUUGGUCGAAAGACCGAGCAGGAACGUAUCAAGCUAGAUAAUCGUUCAAGUCGGAAGUUAGAAUAGUGUUAGAGCAUGAGUACAAU